GCAUGCCCCCAUACGUUUUAAACGUCCACUCCAUCUCCAAGAAUCCCUUUCCCCAACAUUUUCUCUCCUCUAGUAGUACUGUAUUCUUUCUGGGUUUUGAUCAUAUAAGCUGGGGGCCUUCUAUAAGCUGAUUUUCUGGGUUUUUCUACUUGUGGCCCUUUCUGGAGAGGCUUAGUUAGGGAUUCAAGAACUUGUUCAGAUUCAGGGGUUUUUUUUUUGUUGCUAUCUGUUGAGAGUUUUUGGCAAAAUGGAGGGAGGGGUUUCCUCUGUGAAGAGUCGAGUUUGGCCUAACAAUGACGUCAUUGAUAUGGUCUUCUCAUGGUCUCUUGAAGAUAUUUUCAAUGAUGACCUCUACACAUACCAGGUCGAGAAGAUUCCGGAUACAUUCUGUUCGUGGAAGCACUAUCUAGGUUGUUACACCUUUCCUCUGCUCGUAGAAGUUCGCGAGGUUUUGGCUUCUUCUAUGGAUGCAAUGGGUAAGGCCCCAUUUGCAGAAGUCAUCUCAUUUGAAGAGACAAAAGGGCACGGGAACGGUUUUCAUUACAACGUCAAGGUUGAGUUUUGGAAGAGAAGAGUUAGUGCUGAAGGGGAACAAUACAAAACAAUGCCGGGAGACUUGGUGGUGAUCUCAGACAAUAACCCCGAGGCGGUUUCUGAUUUGAACCGUGCGGGGUGGAAUUGGUCAUUUGCUUUGGUUGUUAAUGUUACUGAUGAUGAUGAUGAUGGGAAUUCGUCCACAUGUUUCAAAGUGAAGAUGCCUACUGAUUUUGGAUCCAAGAUUGGAGCCCAUGCCACGAUCCACAUUGUUUUCUUGGAAAACUUCACAACAACUAAAAGGAUUUGGAGUGCUUUGGGAAUGACUAAGAAUUUGAACAUUAUUGAGAGUGUUUUGUACACAAGCGACGAGGUUGGUGAUAUUGUCGGUUUACUAAUAUUUGAAUUUGAAUUUAACCUCACUUCUUACCAAAGUAUCUCUUCUUCAUUAAGCCAUGUCAUCCCGGUUGAGAAGGAAUGUGAUGUAUGCUCUCCACAUGAUGAAAUAGGAUCAUCAACUGAGAAGAUCGACGAUGGCUUGUUGGCCAUGCUGAAUGAAUCCCAAGCUAAUGCCGUACUCACAUGUCUUGAAAGGUCAGCAUCCUUGGUUUUCUGCACAUCUUCAAGUUCUUUUUGGAUGCACUCGGUUGAGAUGGAACCGUUCAGCUUAUUGGUGAUUGAUGAAGCUGCUCAGAUGAGGGAAUGUGAAUCAAUUAUAGCACUUCAACUUCCAGGUUUGCAGCAUGCAGUUCUUGUAGGUGACGAAUGCCAAUUACCUGCAAUUGUUCAUAGCAAAUACCGAAUGCAUCCUGCUAUAAGCCGCUUCCCGAAUUCGAGCUUCUAUCACAAUCAACUUCUAGAUGCUCCAAAUGUGCAAUGUAAAACCUAUGAGAGGGAGUAUCUUCAGGGGAGAAUGUUUGGUCCAUAUUCUUUUAUAAAUGUCCCCAGUGGAAAGGAAGAAUCUGAUGAUAUAGGGCAUAGCAGAAGAAAUAUGGUUGAGGUCGCGUUAGUAAUGAAGAUUGUGCAGAAGUUGUUCAAAAUUUGGCGUAACACGGGAACUAAACUAAGCAUUGGCGUUAUAUCACCCUAUGCUGCUCAAGUUAUUGCCAUAAGAGACAAAAUUGGCAGAAGGUACGACAACCUUAAUGGCUUUGCAAUUAAGGUGAAGUCUGUUGAUGGUUUCCAAGGUGGAGAAGAGGACAUCAUAAUACUAUCAACUGUGAGAUCCAAUCGUGCUGGCACUAUUGGUUUUAUGUCUAGUUUGCAAAGAACUAAUGUUGCCCUGACCAGAGCCCGGCACUGUUUAUGGAUCAUGGGAAAUGAAAGGACGCUGGUUGACAGCGAUUCUGUUUGGAAAGCAUUAGUUCUAGAUGCAAAGAAACGUAAAUGCAUCUUCUCUGCUGGAGAUGAUAGUGAUCUUUCGAGAACUAUUUUGGAUGUCAAGAAAGAACUGGAUCAAUUUGAUGACCUCCUUAAUGCAGACAGCAUCUUGUUCAAAAAUCAAAGAUGGAAUAUGUUAUUGUUAGCAAUAGGGAUACCGUUUCUGAGCUAAGUUAUUAUUUCCCCCUUCCAUCGUGGUUAGGUCCUAUUGAGUGACAAUUUCAAAAGAUCGUACCGAAGCUUGGGGUCAGUCCAUUUGAAAAAGUCAGUGCUUAACCUUUUAGUUAAACUGGCCGGGGGAUGGAGGCCGAAAAGAAAAGGAGUGGACUCGG